AUGGAGGAAGCAAAGCUCCUCUCAGACGCCCUCGCCAACGUCAAGGUACAGACCGUCCAGCUCAAACGAUGUCUCGACCAGGACGAGAUCAUGGAGGCCCUCAAGGCCGCCUCGUCCAUGCUCUCUGAACUGCGCACAUCGUCGCUCUCGCCCAAGCAGUACUAUGAGCUGUACAUGUCGGUAUUCGACAGCCUGAGAUAUCUGAGCAACUAUCUGUAUGAUGCGCAUACAGAGGGGAAGCAGCAUCUGGCCGACUUGUAUGAGCUCGUACAGUAUGCGGGCAAUAUUGUGCCAAGACUGUAUCUGAUGAUCACCGUUGGAUCGGUGUACAUGUCCAUCCCAGAUGCCCCUGUCAAGGAGAUCAUGAAGGAUAUGCUUGAGAUGUCGAGAGGUGUGCAGCACCCCACUCGAGGCUUGUUCCUCCGACAUUACCUUUCGGGCCAGACCCGAGACUUCUUGCCAGUGGGCACCAGCGACGGACCCGGAGGCAACCUCCAAGAUUCCAUCGGCUUUGUCCUCACCAACUUUAUCGAAAUGAACAAGCUCUGGGUGCGCCUUCAGCACCAAGGCCAUACGCGUGAGCGUGAAAGGCGCGAAUUGGAGCGCAAAGAUCUUCGAAUUCUCGUCGGCACCAACCUUGUCCGUCUCUCCCAGCUGGAGGGCGUUGACCUCGACAUGUACAGCAAGAUGAUCCUCCCAGCGGUGCUGGAGCAGGUGGUCAACUGUCGGGACGUCAUUGCCCAAGAGUAUCUGAUGGAAGUCGUCAUCCAGGUGUUUACGGAUGAUUUCCACCUCCACACUUUGACGCCUUUCCUCGGCGCUUGUGCUCAACUCCAUUUCCGUGUCAACAUCAAGCAAAUCGUCAUUGCGUUGAUCGACAGGCUCGCUGCUUAUGCGGCUAGAGAAGCUGAAGAUGAAGAUCCCGAGGAGAAACGGAAGGGCGAAGAAGAAGCGGCCAAGAGGCUAGCAGAAAAGGUCAAGGGGGCGCGAGGAAAGGGAAAGAAGGUUGAAGAUGGCGAAAGGGGUGUUGCACCGGUGGCCAAGCCCGUCGAGGCGGAUGAGUGGGCUGGAGAGGCCGAUGGCAAACCUUCCACAUCACCUAAAGAAGAAGCCAACGGGGAGUCGUCAAAGCCCGUGGAAGAAAAGAAGGAGGGCGAGGAGGAGGCAGUGGCAGAGAAGAAGACCGAGGAGCACACAAAGAAGUUUAGGGGUAUCCCGGAGGACGUCAAGCUGUUUGAGGUGUUCUGGACUCAGGUCGUUGAACUUAUCAAAGCUCGACCAGACCUGUCCAUCAUGGACAUUACGGCGCUUUGCGUGUCUUUGACAAACUUGUCUUUGAGCUGCUAUCCCGACCGCCUCGAAUAUGUUGACCAGAUUCUUGCCUUUGCCCAUGGCAAGGUCCUCGAGUAUGCCCAGAACCCCGACCUUCUCCACCCCCAGACAGUCGCAAACCUUCUUGCGCUUCUCCUCGCCCCAAUCUCAUUGUACCUCUCCAUCCUCACUCUUCUUGCUAUACCAGCAUACACGCCCCUACUCUCAGCCCAACCUUACCCCACCCGUCUCGCCAUAUCGCAAGCGGUUGUCUCUUCCAUCUUGAAGAACAACACCCUUAUCGAGACCUCUGACGAUGUCAGUGGAGUCCUCGGGCUUUGUGCAGUUUCGGUCAAAGACCAAAAAGACAACACAAUUGGCGGUGGCGCUCCUCAAAGACGCGGACAACAGGUCGAUUGGAGAGAAAUGGCCGAAGAGCAAGGCUGGGUCGCCCGCAUGAUCCAUCUCUUCAAAGCCGACAGCUUGGCCGCCCAAUUCGAGCUCCUACAGACUGCCCGGACGCACUUUAGCGAGGGCGGCGGGAGGAUUCGCUUCACGUUCCCUCCGUUGAUCGCUUCAGGUAUUCAACUCGCGCGACGAUUCAAGGCUCGAGAGCAGGAAGAGGAAGAUUGGGAAACACGGGUGUCGUCAUUGUUCAAAUUUAUUCACCAGCUCAUCUCCAUCUUGUAUCACAAGGUUGAAGCUCCCGAAACGUGUCUUCGGCUGUUCUUGCUCGCUGCCCAGGUUGCCGAUGACUGUCGCCUGGAAGAACUCACAUACGAGUUCUUUGUGCAAGCUUUCGUAAUCUACGAAGAGUCGAUAUCCGAAUCCCGGGCUCAGCUCCAAGCUAUCACAGGUAUCAUCUCGGCACUUCAAACGAGUAGGGUGUUUGGUGUGGACAACUACGAUACGUUGAUCACCAAGGCGGCGCUGCAUGGGAGCAAGCUCUUGAAAAAGAGUCACCAGGCUACCACUGUCUUGUAUGCUAGUCAUAUGUGGUGGCAAGGAGAUGUGCCGGGACGAGAGAAGGAUGAUCAGACACCAUUCCGGGACGGCAAACGCGUUCUUGAGUGUCUACAAAAAUCUCUCCGUAUCGCCUCAUCGUGUAUCGACGAGAUCACGUCUGUCCAGCUCUACGUCGACGCUCUCGACCGAUACAUCUACUACUUUGAGCAAGGCGUGGAAGCUGUGACUCCCAAGUAUAUCAAUUCCCUGGUGGAACUGAUCACUUCCAACAUUGACUCGGUGCAUGCUGGGGAUGUGCACCCGAGCUCAGCGGGCGGGGGUCUGGUGGAAGGUGUCAGCGGAGGGGAUAUGAUUGUCAGGCACUUCCGCAAUACACUCAUCCACAUCCAAGGUCGCCAGCGCCAAGCUCAGAAGCAGGCUGAAUCCGACACUGAUGAGGCGGAAGGUGAAAAUGAGAAGAAGGUCGACUGGGAGAGCGUGGAUAUCGUCGGCGGCUCCUUGAAGAUGGGUCUUGAGCAUUGA